AAGAAGUACGAAAGGCGUUCCAGAUAAGGAGUCAGCAUUGUACAUUAUCUAUUACAGAAUAUGGAAUAUAGACUUAAUAUUAAUGAGAUAACUCCGCAAAGGAGAGAGUGGACAUGCAAAGUACAACUUAUUGAAAAAGCUAGAGCAAGAUAGAGUAAGGAUGGGCGGAUACGAUUUCAAAUCAUGAUUGCGCAAGAUGAGACGGAAGAACAAGUUGUUGUUGUUUUGUAUGAAGAUGACAUAGGAAAAUAUGAAAAGAAGUUCACUCCCUUCAGCACAUAUUUGAUAUCAACAGCAAAAGUUAGAGCACCUCUACCCUAUGGAAUUCCUGUUAAUAGGUUUGAAUGGGUUCUAGAUAGAUUUACUGUUGUUGAACAAGUAAAAGGAGACAAUGUAGAGGAUCCACCAUUGCCUGCUCCAACAAGAUUAAACACAGUAUCUUUAACGAAUCUGGACCAAAAGCCACAGCAUGUGGAGUUUGACAUACUUGCUGUUGUUGUGAGUUGUGGUGCAAUAAAGAUUGCUGGCGUCCAUGGAAACAAAUGUCGACAAAUCAUAUUCAUGGAUACAAAUAUGCACCAUUUUAUGUUUACCUUCUGGGAGGACUUUGCUGAGAUUGAUGGAAGCGACCUAGAUGCACAAAUUGAAGAACAUCCGGUAAUCCUAGCAAAACGAAUUGCACGGUCUUCAUAUGCUGGGACAUCCUUUACAACAAGAUACAAUUCUGUAAUAUUGAUAAAUCCAUUAUAUCCAUAAGCUGCAUAAUUGAUGAACUGGGCGAAAAAGAAUGAAGAAAUGUUGAGCACAUAUACGCAAAGAAGUUCUCCGGAUAUAACUUCAUCGCCAAUUCUUAUAUCACUAAAUGAUGAGGCUAUACCUAUAGGAAAUAUCCAAUCACAACCUGCGAUGCAAUCUUUUCACGUUGAAGGUAAAAUAUCGUUGCUGGAUAAUGAGCAGCUAUUUUAUGAGUUAAUGUGUUCAAAAUGCAAGAACUUUGUUAGGACCAAAAUAAUAAAGGCUAUUGACUGUGUAAACUGUGAUCAGCAAGCGAUGUUAACACCCAG